CGCCCUCGUUGGGUCCGGGCUGCUGGCGGGCAGCGGCCCGGGCGGGGCGGCUGCGUGGGGGUGGCGUGGCGGGGGCCGAGGAGCUAUUUACCCCGCUAGCGCGCGCGCUCCGCCCGGCACUGGACUGAGCCCGCGCGCCGCAGGGAGCUGUCCGCGCGAAAAAUUAUUCUUCAUAUCUGAAAAAUCAUGUGCAAGUUAAACAGCAUCUUGGAGACUCUCGAAUUCCUGAUUUUAUUAGGAUAUUACUACUUUGAGGCUUUCAUUCUGUUUAUUUGUCCUCCAUGUAAAAAGAAUGUUGCUGGUGAAAUAGUGCUUAUUACAGGAGCUGCAAAUGGGAUUGGAAGGCAGAUUGCCUUAAAUUUUGCUCGUCUUGGGGCUACCCUGGUUUUCUGGGACAUUGAUGAAGAAGGUAACAAAGAGACGAUUAAACUAGCCAAAGGAAAUGGAGCCAAAGGAGUUUAUGCCUACAGGUGUGACUGCAGCAAUAGGGAAGAAGUCUACAGAGUGGCAGAUCAGGUUAGAAAAGAAGUUGGGGAUGUUAAUAUCCUAGUCAAUGAUGCAGGCAUAGCAAAUGUGAAAACAUUUCUUGACCUUCCAGAUGCUGAUAUGGAGAAAACUAUAAGGGUGAACGUCAUGGCCCAGUUCUGGACUUGCAAAGCCUUCCUUCCAGCUAUGAUUGCCUGUAACCGUGGACACUUGGUUAGUAUCUCAAGUGGAACUGGACUUAUUGGUGCCAAUAAACUGACAGGUUAGUGUGCUA